ACAAGAAUGGAUAAAAAGCGGUUGAAACACGUGUGCGAAUCAAGUAACGGGCUGCAUGGUUUAGCUUAUGGUUUUGAGGAUGAUAUCAAAUCUUUACCUCUGGAGGAUGGUGUUGAUGGGCAAAUGUCGUCUUUCAUGUAUUUAGACGGCAGAGAAAGAAAGUUCAAGAGGCGAAAGAUUACCUGGUGGUUGUGGGUGGAAGAUGGUGGCGAUGACACAGAUCUACCGUUUGGUGGCCGGAUCUACCGUUUGAAGUUGCACUUUGUGGGUGUUCAAAUUAAAGACACUCCCAAUGUAAGUUUUAUUUUUAUUUUAGUGUUUUUUUUGCUAUUGUCGUUAUCAAGUUGUCAUAUGUGUUUAUAAAAGUUUAAUGAUUUGACCUA